GUAUCUCAGUGUUUCGUAUAGAGUUUUAGUACUGUUUAAACCUAGACAAUUUUUUUAACUUAAAUGGUUAGGUUAUAGGAUUUAUAAGAAAACCGCAAUGACCUAGUAUGCAUUGAUUUGUUACUAUUCAUCCAAUUGACAACAAAUUAUAGGUUAAACUAGACAUUUUUUCGAUCCGCGUUAAGUUUUGUUUGGCCAACACAUUUUCGCUACAAUGGAUCUCGCGCGCAUUUCCUAAGAGCUUGUAUACGAUUAGAACCGCUCCUAGGUUUUUGUGCGUGAAAAAACAAAGUUUACUGCUUUACAAUGGCGUCUUAUAAACCUGUCUCGCAUGUGCUUUUCGACAUGGACGGGUUGUUGUUAGAUACAGAGAGGUUAUACACACAGUCGUUCCAGGAGAUCUGUGAUCGCUUUGGGAAAUUAUACACCUGGGAGAUCAAGUCCACCGUGAUGGGAAAGAAGUCAUUGGAUGCAGCCAGGAUCAUCCGAGACUCUCUGGAGCUGCCCAUGACGAGCGAGGAGUUGCUGGAAGAGAGCAGAGCAAUUCAGGAACGUCUUUUCCCCUCUGCUUCCCUGAUGCCAGGUGUGGAGAAUCUGGUCACACAUCUCCACAAGCACAAAAUCCCCAUCGCCGUGGCCACCAGCUCCGCCGGUGUGACCUUCGAGAUGAAGACAAGCCGCCAUAAAGACUUCUUCAGCUUGUUCAGUCAUGUCGUUCUUGGAGAUGACCCAGAAGUGAAAAACGGGAAGCCUCAGCCCGACUCCUUCCUGGUGUGCGCGAGCAGGUUCGACCCCCCAGCUAAUCCAGAACAGUGUCUGGUUUUCGAAGACGCGCCCAACGGAGUGAAAGCAGGCUUGGCAGCUGGCAUGCAAGUGGUCAUGAUUCCCGAUCCGAACCUGGACCGCAGACUUACGCAGGAGGCCAUGCUGGUGCUUGAAAGCAUGAAGGACUUCAGACCUGAGCUCUUCGGCCUUCCUGCUUACGAUUAAACCCUGAUCCACGCCCCAGUUUUCCUUUAAUCAUCAAUCAGUUAAUCUAAAAUGGUAUUAAAUUAAAGCUCAGUUCUUAUGAGCCACAUAAACACAGGGAAAAGUAAUUAAUACCGAAUUUAUGCCCAUAUAAGGCUUGAUAUCUUUUACUUGGAGAUUUUUUAUGGGAUGAAUCAAAAAAAAAAAGAGAGAGACACUACAGUGUAUGUUUCAGUCUUUUAAUUCAUAUAAAGAAAAAGAAAACAGCACUGUGUUUGUCUGUCAUGGUUCAGUGUUGUAGCUUGGCCACGCUCGUGAAGCUCUGCAGGAUAUCGAAUUGAUCGCAAGCUUAAUCUGAUUGGUGCAGCUCAGUGAACCAAUCACAAGCCAUGAUCUCUCAGCACACCCAUUAUGCAAUCUCAAGCGCCGACGGCUCGAACAGCACCCAAACCGAUUUUGAUUACGCCGCUCAAUUAGACGCAAUCAAGCCAUUAGGCCACAUGUUUUUUUUCUUGCAACGACGUUUUUUUUCUUCUUGCAAACCCCCUCACUUCUUCAAUAAAUUAGUCACACUAAUGGUUUACUUCUAUAUUUAACACACCAGUGACAUGGUGUCCAACAGCACUGUAAAUCCUCGAUGAUCACAUUAUUAACCUCGUCUCCUUUUUUAGCGCUUAAUUUUGUUGUGGUAAAGUCAGGUAAAGUGCUAACAGAGCAGUCCUUAUUUUUUAUCUGUGCCUUUUUUUUCUUUUUUUUCCUUAAAAUGCUUUUCCACCUAUUCGACACACAGCCACAAACCCAGAGGGUUUUAUUAAAAUGCCAAAGACAUUUUAAAGUUCCAUGCAGUGUAAUCCAAUAAAAAAAGGAUCUGAGCGAGCAGGCGUCUUUCAGCUGGUACCUGCGUAAGUCUGCUGUACUUCUCCCAUCAGUGCUGUCCGAGACACCGGCUGAUGUCUUUGUGAGGCCCUGAGGGAACAGACACAUUUCCAUCUUCUUGUUUUGUUUUGGUUUUUUUACACCGUGUAGGUUUUGGAUCUUUCUUGUUUUCUUUAUUAAAGACGAAAGGGAUUGGUGAUGGUGGGGGACAACUCUG